CGCGGGGGUCCCGCCGGCCCUGCCCGCCCCUGCCCCGCACGGUGCCCCCGCCGCGGGAGAGCCCGCAGAGAUUCCGCAGGAAAUUUAAAGAGCAUCCGGAUCCGGAGAAAAGACACAGAGAGAGAGAGAGAGAGAGAAGAAAGAGGAAGGGAGAAAAGAAAUCCAAACGCGGAGAGAGAGAAAGAAAGACCCCGCAGGAGGGAGGACGGGAGAGACGCUGCGCCCGCCAGGGAUGGGGAAAUGAAUCCCUGUGGAGGCAACACCAAAAAGGAGCCUCAGACCCUCUAGGAGACACCUGAGGAGGAGCUGUUGGAGGAGAGACACAAACUAACUCCACGGGCCUGUAGUCCCUUACCCUUACUAACAAAUGUCAACAACUAGGGAGCAGCCAAUCUUCAGCACCAGGGCCCACGUUUUCCAGAUCGACCCGGCCACCAAACGGAACUGGAUCCCUGCCAGCAAACACGCCCUGACCGUCUCCUACUUCUACGAUGCCACCCGCAACGUGUACCGGAUCAUCAGCGUGGGGGGCACCAAGGCAAUCAUCAACAGCACCAUCACCCCCAACAUGACCUUCACCAAGACAUCCCAGAAAUUCGGGCAAUGGGCCGACAGCCGAGCCAACACCGUGUACGGGCUGGGCUUCGCCUCGGAGCAGCACCUCUCCCAGUUUGCAGAGAAGUUCCAGGAGGUGAAGGAAGCAGCUCGUUUGGCCAGGGAGAAGUCCCAGGAUAAGACAGAGCUGACCAACCCUGCCCUGAGCAUCACAUCUCACCAGGUACUUCCCAGCCCCAUCAUCAGCUCCAACGGGCCAGGAGAGGACAAACUCUUCCGGAGCCAAAGUGCUGACGUGGAGAUCACGACGGAGAAGGAGCGGCUGAAGAAGAUGCUCUCGGAAGGCUCUGUGAGCGAGGUGCAGUGGGAGGCCGAGUUCUUCAGCCUCCAGGACAACAACAACAAGCUGGUGGCUGCUCUGCACGAGGCCAAUGCCAACGUGGACCAGUGGAAGAAGCAGCUCACGGCGUAUCAGGAGGAGACGGAGACACUGCGGCAGCGGGUGGCAGAGCUGGAGUCACAGGGGACUCACGACUCCUCCAGCGACAACAACAAGGAGGAGCUGAGCCAAACCCUGGAGGAGCUGGAGCUGCUCAUCAAGGCUAAGGAUGAGGAGAUCCAGAUGCUGAAGAGCCAGAAGUGUGGCCGCUGGGAAGCAGAGGGGGAGAGGGAGGAGACGCUGCAGAAGCUGCAGGAGCUGGAGGCCCGGAACGCCGAGCUGGAGCAGCGGCUGCACUUGGCAGAGCAGAGCCUGGCUGAGACCCUGGCGGAGAGGGAGAAGAUGCAGAGUGAGGUGACCAAGGUGGCCGAGAUCAUGGACGUGAAGAUCUUCGAGCUCAGCGAGAUCCGGCAGGGACUGGCCAAGCUGGUGGAGAGCAACUGAGGGAGGGGAGCCCUGCCCUGGCAGAGGGGGCACCCCGGGCUGGCACUGCUCCCCCCCAGAGCAAUCACAGCCACCCCACAGCCUCGAGGCCUCCUUGGGCAGGAUUUGCCACCGUACCAGCAGCUGCCUGGGCAGCGUGGGGACCGGCCAGCCCGCCCAGUGCCCACCCAGUGCCCACCCAGUGCCCACCCAGUGCCCACCCAGCACCCGGGCACGGAGGAGCUGAGCUCCCCGGGGAGCACCCAAAGUCUCAACCAGACCUUCUCUGGACCCUGCCCUGGCUGUGGCACGGCCCAGAGGUGGCAGCUGUGCCCUCCUGCUGCCCUCCCUCACUGUGUCCCCGGGGUUUUUACACUUUUCUAAGGGGGAAGGGGCUGAGCAACCUUUGUGGUUUGGUUUUGGGUUUGUUUUUUUUUUUUUCCAGUAGUUUUUUAGGAAACCACUUGCCUUUUGCAAGUAAGCUGCCUGUUUCCCCACCUAGGGAGGGAGGAGAGGUUCAAGCACACCCGGGACGAGUCUCUCCUUUUCUUCUUCUUCUCCUUCCCCAACCCAAAGUCCUUCCAACAGGAUCCAGUAGCUCUGCUCACUGUCAGGAGCAUCCCGAGGUAUCCAAGCCCCCCCUGCAGAGAAGGGGCCUUUUUCCUGACCCUGUGUCCUUCCCACUGUUCACUCAUCCUCCAGAGGAGAAAGAACUGCGGGUUUUAAAGCCUUUAUUAGCUUAACACAGUGGGAUUUAACGACUUGUUAAAACUUUCAGCUGAGCAGAGCAGAGGCUUCAACGGGACAUCCCUCGGGGCACGGCCACCAAGCUGCUGGAUUGGCACCUCCCCGGGCCUCUGAGGGCUGCAGUUAAUUGAAAUUAAAUGGAGCAAGCCACAGUUGC